AUGGAUAAUGCUAGAGGGACAGUGAAUGAACCUGCUAAUGAUUCCGCCACUCCACCCAACAAUAAACCUGCAAGUGCACCCAGUUUAACAAGUAAAGUAUGGUCUUAUUUUAAAAGGGUUAAUAAAAUUGAAAAUGGUAAACUAGUACUUAAAGCUGAAUGUGUUAUUUGUAAUACUUUGUUUGCUGGUAGUCCUAGGAGUGGUACUAGUCAUUUAUCCCGUCAUUUAAAAGAGCAUGAAGCUGCACAAGCUAGGAUUAGUCCAGGUCAUGUAUUAUUAAAUGCUGAUGUUGCUGGAAAUUUGACAAAUUUUGCUUAUGAUCAUGCUGUUGCUCGUAAAGAAGUUGUAGAUUUUAUUGUUAGAGCAGAACUGCCAUUUAAAUUUGUUGAAAGCCAUGAUUUUACAGGCAUGAUUCAGCGUGCAUUUUGUCCCCAAUAUAGAGGAAUUUCAGCUUCUACAUGUAAGGGAGAUGUGAUAAAAAAAUUUGUUUGGUCAUCACAGCAAAAAAUGGGUUACAUGUCACUUACUGCACAUUUUAUUGAUAAAGACUGGUGUUUGAAUAAAAGGGAUGCUUUGACUGAAAUGAAAGCAAAAUUUGAUAAAUAUUGGGAAGAGUUUCCUACUGUGUUUUGCUUUGCUACUAUUAUGGACCCUAGAUUUAAAGUAUUUGCAAUUGGUGAAUGGUUAAAUAUGAUAGGUAUUGAUCAGUUAACCAUUGACUCAAAACUUUUAGCUUUAAAGACUUUGUUAUUUCAAUUCUUUGAUGUCUACAAGAGGAGUGUAAUGUCUCAUGUGGGUCAAAAUGUGCAGUCUGCAAAUGUAACUUCUAGCACCUUGAGCCAAACUCCUGGUUCUAUAGUUGUCCCUAUUAUGCAAAAUUUCUCUAUGCAAUGUUUGAAAAGGGCAAAGCUAUCAUCUUCAUCUUCUUCCACCACCAAAUCUGAGUUAGAGGUUUACCUUGAUGUACCAACAAUAGAUGUUGCUGACGAUAACCAAUUUAGUGUUUUGGGUUGGUGGAAAAAAAAUCAAUCAUUAUAUCCUAUUGUUUCUCUUAUGGCUCGUGACUUGCUAACUAUUCCAGCUUCUACUGUAGCAUCAGAAUCAUGUUUUAGUGCAGGUGGUAAAGUUUUAUCUGAGAAGUGGACCAAUGUGAGUCCAAAUACAAUAGAAGCAUUAAUUUGCUUGAAAGAUUGGGCCUUAGCAAAUUCAAGGAUGCAAGAUCCAGCACAAGAUGAGCAACGUGCAGAAGAAUUAAUGAACAUUAGAGCAUCAAGAUCAGAUUGGAUGGCAGCUAGUGAAACGGUCGAGAGUGAAUCGGAAAAUGAGACAAUUGAGAGUUGA